AUGUCUGACGAAGUUUAUGAAGGUGCCAUUGGCAUUGAUCUUGGCACUACCUACUCAUGCGUUGCUAACUAUGAGGGUACCAAUGUCGAAAUCAUUGCCAACGAGCAGGGUAGUUUUACAACUCCCUCAUUCGUCUCUUUCACCGAUGAGGAGCGUCUUGUCGGUGAGGCAGCGAAGAACCAGGCUGCCAUGAACCCAGCAAACACUGUCUUUGAUGUCAAGCGAUUGAUCGGACGAAGAUACGAAGACCCCACCGUCAAGAAGGAUAUCGAGUCAUGGCCAUUCAAGAUCAUCGACCAAGGUGGCAAUCCUAUGGUCCAGGUCGAAUAUCUCAAAGAGACCAAGACAUUCUCCCCUCAAGAGAUCUCCUCAAUGAUCCUGACAAAGAUGAAGGAGGUUGCCGAAGUCAAACUUGGCAAGAAGGUCGAAAAGGCCGUCAUCACUGUUCCUGCUUACUUCAACGACAACCAGCGACAAGCCACCAAGGACGCAGGUGCCAUUGCAGGUCUCAAUGUCCUCCGUAUCAUCAACGAACCUACUGCUGCUGCUAUCGCAUACGGUCUUGGAUCCGGAAAAUCUGACAAGGAGCGUAAUGUUCUGAUCUACGAUCUCGGUGGCGGUACCUUUGAUGUGUCCCUCUUGAACAUCCAAGGUGGUGUUUUCACCGUCAAGGCCACCGCUGGCGAUACCCACUUGGGUGGUCAAGAUUUCGAUACCAACCUUCUCGAUCACUUCAAGAAGGAGUUCCAGAGAAAAACCAAGAAGGAUCUCUCUGGUGACGCACGUGCUCUCCGAAGACUCCGGACCGCUUGCGAACGUGCCAAGCGAACAUUGUCCAACGGUACCCAGACCACUGUCGAAAUUGAUUCUCUUUUCGAUGGUGAAGAUUUCAACGCCCAGAUCACUCGUGCUCGUUUCGAAGAUCUUAACGCCAAGGCAUUCAGCGGCACACUCGACCCUGUCCAGCAGGUCCUCAAGGAUUCCGGCCUUGAGAAGUCCAAAGUCGACGAGAUCGUGUUGGUUGGCGGCUCCACCCGUAUUCCUCGCAUCCAGAAGUUGUUGAGCGAUUUCUUCGAUGGCAAGAAGCUCGAGAAGAGCAUCAACCCUGACGAGGCUGUUGCCUAUGGUGCCGCCGUACAGGCCGGUAUCCUAUCCGGCAAGGCCACUUCCGCCGACACUGCCGACCUCCUACUUCUCGAUGUUGUUCCCCUUUCUCUUGGUGUUGCUAUGGAAGGCAACAUCUUCGCUCCAGUCGUGAGCCGUGGGUCCACCGUCCCCACUCUGAAGAAAAGACAUUCUCCAGCAGCCAAAUAA